CACUCCCUGGCUCAGCCUCUCAGCCCCUGCCUUUCAGCAACAGGGGUGGGGAGCUGCUGGGAGUGAACCUAGCAUCCACACUGGCCAUGUGAUAAGUGAUUGCGAAAGAGACAGAAUGGGAAGACCCAGAGUCUGACACAGAGAGGGGGAGGCAGACAGACAGACGCAGAGAGAGAGGAUUCGUUGCCAUGAAGAGCUGGUUGAUCCUGGUGUGGUUGGUGACCUUCGCAGGCCAGGAUUGGCUGAAUGGGGCAGAAGGGGACAGACAGUGCCCUGCUUCCAAGGUUCCCCAACAAGCUGCUGCCCACAACUCCACAGGAGAUGAGGAGGCCAACAAUGGGACCCCCCAGGAGGCUGUGAUUUGUCAAGAAGCUCCACAGACCAGGGAAGGCCCCGAGCAAACCUCAGGGAAGAGAGGGAAGGAUGGGGGAGAGGGAGAGGGGGAGGGGCAGGAGACCCAGCAGGGACUGGUGCAGGAAGGGCCAGCGGGAGAGGAGUCCACAGGUUGCGAAGCUGCCUCCAGCGUGACAGAGGGAGAAGAGGAGGCUGAUCGAGCUACUGGCAUGAGUGGCCCUGGAGGGGUCCCUGAGAGACCAGAUAUAUCAGAGAUCCAGAGUACCAUGGAGCUGGACAAGAAGCUAGACAAGGAAUUGGCCAAGAAGCCGGACAAGGGGCUUGACGAGGAGUCGGACAAGGAACCAGCCAAGAAGCUUGAAAAGGAGUUGGCCAAGGAAUCAACCAAGGAGCCCACUGCAGCACCCACCACUCAGGCCACUACGGCGCCCGUUACAACACCGCAGCGGUGCCCGCCCAGUGACCCCUGGGGAAGCUGUGGGGAUGACUCCAAGGAGGAGAGCCCCAGGGUGGCUAUAGCGCUGACUGAUUUUGCACUGAAUUUCUAUUCGAAAAUGGCCAAGGUGGAAGGCUCUGGCUCCAACGUGGUCUUCUCGCCCUUCAGUGUGGCUCUGGCACUCUCACACCUCUUGCUGGGGGCCCGGGGCGAAACCAAAGAGCGGCUGGAGUCCAUCCUCUCCUACCCCUCAGAUCUUGUCUGCGUCCACGCUUCACUGCAGCGGCUCGUCAAAUCCCAGCCCUUGAUCUCAGCCUCAGAGCUCUUCCUCCGCCAAGGCCUGCCCCUGAACGAAGCCUUCCGCAAUCAGUCGCUGCGCUUCUACAACAGCCGGCCCCAUGUGCUCAGUGGCAACGAGACCCUGGACCUGCGAUUCAUCAACAAGUGGGUGAGAGACGUGACCAAGGGCAAGAUCAAGAGGCUGCUGAAGGAGCUGGAGCCUGACGUCCAGCUGGUGCUGCUCAACGCUGUCUAUUUCCAGUCCAAGUGGAAGAUGACCUUUAAAGUGAAGAACACAGUGAAUGAGACGUUCUACCGCCCAGGCCAGGACUCCAUCCAGGUGCCCAUGAUGACCAGCAAGAAGUACCCGCUUGCCUUCUUCAAUGACCCCAGCCUGCAGGCCAAGGUUGGCCGGCUGCAGCUGUCCCACAACAUGAGCCUCAUAGUCAUCGUGCCCCAGCACGUGUCCCAGCUCGCCCAGGUGGAGCAGAAGCUGACCAAAGAGACCUUCGCUGCGGUGAUGAAGAAGCUGAUGGGUGUCCCCUUCAAGCCCACCGUGGUGAGCCUGCCCAAGUUGAAGCUGGACAGCUCCCAGGACCUCAUGGAGAUCUUGGGGAAGAUGGACUAUGGCAUUUUCUAUGAUUCGAACCUGUGCGGCAUCUCAGAGGCAGAAGAUCUAUUGGUGACGAAUGCCCAGCACCGAGCCAUGCUGGAGCUGAACGAGGAAGGGGUGGAGGCCGCGGCUGCCACGGCCUUUUCGGUGGCCCGCACUGCCUGGGUCUUCGAUGUGCAGCAGCCCUUCCUCUUCGUGCUGUGGAAUGACGACCACGGCUUCCCCAUCUUCAUGGGCCACGUCAACGACCCCAGAGUGUGAACCAACCCUCUCCAUGCCCAGUGCCACUUGCAUGGUAUGCCCUGGUGCCACAGGCACUGAACAGGGUGCCCGCGGAGUGCUGCUUGGCUGUGACGCUUUGUGGGGGGGAAUAUCUGUCUCUCUCUCUCCCCCUCCGUAUAUAACCAUCCAUUCAUCCCCAUGCACUCCCUUCUACUUUGCUAUCAAUUCCACACAGCAUCUAUCAAGGGACUGACCUGGGAGGCAGUAUAUCCUAGUGGUUAGCACAGUGGACUGGGUCUCUGAGACCUAGGUUCUGCUGUUAGGUGUCCUAGAUCAAGAGAUGUUCUAGCUCUAUGCCUCAGUUUCCCCAUCCACAAAAUGGGGAUAAUGAUCCUGACCUGCUCUGUAAAGCACUAAAGAUCUGCUGAUGGAAAGGGCUGUAGAUGAGCUAGGGAUUAUUAUUAUCUAUCCAUGCAUCCCUAAUACGUAGCUUCUAUCUAACUAUCUCCCAAUACACCUCAUUCAUUGCCACAGUCUGUUCUCUCCGGAUUUUCCUUCUGUCUCCCUCUCUCUUCUCCCCUCAGCCCCUUUGUUCCUCCCUCUCCCCACUUGACUGUGUGUAGCCUGUGACUAUCCCAGGCUCGGAUCUUCUGAAAUGUACAGGGAAGAGCUGAGCUGUGGGGGGUCUCUUCUCCCCACUCCCUCGACUCUGUCCCCCUCACCGCAGCCGCUGCCUCUUCUAACAGUAAAUAAACUCUGAAAACUUUG